AUGCAGAGGGCCGCGGGCGAGUCGAGGGCCGCGCUCGGCAGGCUAUGGCUGGCGACCCAGUUCGCCCAGCAGUCCCGGAACGCCACCACUGACGUCGCGGGCCACGCCCGGGAGGUCCGCAAGUGGCCUGCCUACGUCAACAACCUCGUGCGCAACGAGAAGUCCACGGGCCUGAUGACGAAGUGGGGUCCCGUGAACUACGUCCCGCGCGGGUUCCCGGGCCCGCGCGAGCGCGCCCAGCGCGACUACAUCAACAAGUUUGCUCCGCGCUUUGGCAUGGACGGCCUGGACGACUCGUUCUUCUGGUUCCGGUUCCGCGAGCUCUUCAACGAGACCAAGUCCAAGGUCAAGGUGUACGAGUGGGUCAUGUACGCCUCCAUCCCGCUCUGCAUCUUCGGCACCCUCUACGCUGUCGACCACGAGUACGCGCACACGUGGAAGAUCGCGGAGAAGCUGCGCCGCCAGCCGGACCCCGAGUACCCGUACAUGACGUACCGCACGCGCCCGGGUCUGUCAUGGGGCGAGCAGAACUUCUGGGACUGGGCGUUCGGCCUGCCCGACUGGAAGAAGACGCCCGAGCAGCUCGAGGAGGAGGGCAAGGUCUGGCCCUUCCCGCUCGAGUACGAGGAGGGCGCGCCGAUCGACGAGAGCUACGUGCACGGCCUCAAGGGCGAGGCUCCCAAGAAGAAGUAG